UUAUUGGAUGGAGCUGAGGGACCAAGUGCGCGGAUUCACGCCCUCCUACCCCGGGCCCAACGCCACCGUGCCCUCCUUGGCGUUUGACUGUUGCCUUUCUCCCUCCUUUGCUUCAUGCACUUUCGCUCUCCUUCCCCCAUUAACCAGCUAUUGGAUGGAGCUGAGGGACCGAGUGCGCGGAUUCACGCUCUCCUACCCCGGGCUCAACGCCACCGUGCCGGCCAACGGCCCCUUUGGCAUCUACCGUGACAACGUGGCUCACAGCAACCGAGGGCCGGGAUGGAGGACGUACCCCAAGGGGGUGCGACCCAGGCAGACUUGGUCGCUGGACUCUCCUAUCCCCCAGUGGCAGUGGAAGCCGUCUACAGGAACCAUCAGCGGGCUGCUGCUCUACAAGCAAUCCGGGGAUGGUUUGUUCGUGCACAAUUCAGACGGGCUCAUAAUCACCAACAGCACGUUUGCGGACAACCGGCAGGGGCUGAACCUGCUGGGAAACACGGGCGUGAAGGUCACCGACAGCCGGUUCAUUGGGGUGACCCCCAACUAUGGCAACCCGCGCAUGUGUGACUCCACGCCCCAGAUGUGUGGGCCGGUCACCGGCUGCGACUUCCCCCUGGCUGCUGGGCAGCAGGGGCGGUCACAGGGGUGGUCGCACUGGAAGAACCCCAUCUUUGGAAUCAUCAUCGACCAUCCCACCUUUGGAUUCGACUUCGCCCGCGCCCAUGCCAUCUCCAACUGCCGCUGCCGGUACAAGGGCCCUGCCACCUGCCAUGGGCACAGGCAUCAACGGAGCUCCCAAGGACACGUGGGCCACGGCCACCAGUGUGCAGCUGCCGGUACAAGGGCCCUGCCACCUGCCAUGGGCACAGGCAUCAACGGAGCUCCCAAGGACACGUGGGCCACGGCCACCAGUGUGCAGGGCGGGGACGUGAAAAUGGGCGGGGAGGCAACAGACCUGUACACUCUCUGGGACAAAGACGGCUCUCUCCUCAACGCCACUUCCGGAGGCUACCUGCUGGCCAACAACACCGCCCUGCUGCCCCCGGGAGGAGAUGUGAACCUGGGCGGUGAGGCAACAGACCUCUACACUCUCUGGGACAAAGACGGCUCGCUCCUAAACGCCACUGCCGGAGGCUACCUACUGGCCAACAACACCGCUCUUCUGCCCCCCACCAAGCGCUUCUCUGCAUGCCAGCCCAUGCCCGCUUGGAACGCGUUUGCCUGCCCUGGGACGUGCUACCGCACUGUCAUGUUUACUUAUCUGGAGCCGGGGUUUGCUGUGUAUGAGAACAGCAGUAUUCCUGACACACGGAAGAGAGGAGACUUCAGUGAUAACAGUGGACGGCAAUGUGUAACGGCAAUCCCUGCAUAUUCUACCCUUCCUGUAUUCUAUUCAAACUCUACUCAUUCAUCCAUCUACCUCUCGAUCCGCUGCAUAGAGGACGACACAGUGAUCACAGUGGACGGCAACCUGCGGUCGGUGGGCAACACAGGAGCACAUAGAGCGCACAUUCUCUAUGUAUCCCUGGAUUUUUCACCCUCAUCCUACCCCCCUGCUACCCUCUCCCCACCCAUCCAGCUAUCUCUCCAUUCGGCGCAUAGAGGACGACACAGCGAUCACAGUGGACGGCAAUCUGUGCUCUGUGUGCAGGACGACACAGUGAUUUUUGAUAAUCCUCCAAAGAACCCUCGUUCUAUCUCCCUGCUACCCUUUCCCCAUCCCUACCUCGCCAUUCGGCGCAUAGAGGACGACACAGUGAUCACAGUGGAUGGCAAUCUGCGGUCGGUGGGCAACAUGUGGGCGGCAGGCCAGCGCAUCUUCGUGGUGCCCCUGCUGGCGAACGCCACCUACGAGGUCAACAUAGGGUUACCGGGUAACAACCGCGCCUUCUUCCCCAGCAACAUCACGGUGCAAGUGCGCGACAGCAACGGGUGCGGCGGGCCCGUUACUCUGAGGAUUCCGGUGAAGCAGAGCAACCAGUGGAUGAUCAACGAGGAGCAAGACGUGAACUGGAAGGCCUGUGCUGGCACAUCAGACAAAGCGGCAGUGCAGUUUUCAUUCGUGUGCUUCAAGUUCAAGCCCACCAUCGAGCUCUCUUUUGACGGAACCUCUUCGAAUCCCAUCGUGCUCCGCGCCUCCCCCGACCCCGUCACCGGUUGCCGCCUUCCCUAUCGCUGCGGUCUCGUGGCACCGGGGUCCACAUGGGCAUACGACGUGAGCGGCAGGGAGCUGCAUGCAGCAGUGUCGGGCGCCAUGGGCUUCAGCUCGCCGCGCUUCAACGACGCCUCCUGGCCCAGGGGACCCGCUAUCAUCGGCUAUGUGGGAUGGCGGUGGGGCGGCAUCAACACGUGGACACCCCCUUCAGGCGACGCCCUGCCCACCUUCUACUACCGGCGGCCGUUCCGAGUGGCCAACAGCGCGUGUGCCACGGGGCUGUAUGUGGACGUGAUAGUGAACGAUGGCGUACUCCUCUAUCUUAACGGGGUGGAGAUGCUGCGAGCCAACAUGGCUCCCGGUGCCGUCAACGUGUCGUCCAGGGCCCUGUCAAACCAGAACGUGUGGGACUACACGUCCUUCUUCAUCCCUCUCAUCGCCCCACCUUCCACACCCCUCCAGGCCUUAUCGAAUCAGAACGUGUGGGACUACACGUCAUUCUUCAUCCCUCUCAACGCCACGGCACCUUUCUCUCUCGCCGAGGGCACCAACCACAUCGCCGCCGAAUCACACGCUGCCAUCUGGACCACUGAGAACUUCUUUGACCUCAAGCUGUCCGCCCAGAUGGAUAGCGCAACAUGCAGUGGCGUGCUCAUUCUACAGGAGGUAUGCGACGGGCUCGACAACAACAACGACGGCAAGAUCGACAUUGAUCCGCUCACGGACCGCCCUCUCACCCGCCCGUGCCGCAACCCCUGUGGGGCGGGAAUAGAGACGUGCAUCGAUGGGGCGUUUCAGAACUGCACUGCCCCCGUGCACGGGCCUGAAGUCUGCAACGGCGUUGACGACAAUUGUGACGGACUCAUCGACAACUCGCCCUCUCCAACCGCCGCUCGGCUCGACUGUGCCGACGGCUCCCUGUGCUUCAAGGGGCAGUGCCUGCCGUACGGCCCUCUCACCGCACCCGUCACAGUGAUCAACAAGAGCGCUGCUGGCUGGCUGUACUACGAUAAGGGGUACCUGCCACAGUCCUACCCACUUGGAGCACCAACAGUGAUCAACAAGAGCGCUGCUGGCUGGCUGUACUAUGACAAGGGGUACCUGCCACAGUCCUACCUACCCCACCUGGAGCACCAACAGGGCCUGCCCUAUGGCCCUCUCACCGUGCGGCUCACAGUGAUCAACAAGAGCUCUGCCGGCUGGCUCAACAUGCCAGCGCGUCUGCUGAAGGAGGGAGCAGCACCAUUUGGCUACAACUCAGCGGCAGUCACGGCUACCAACCUCUCGCAGCUCACCAGUGGUGACUCCGCCUAUUUCUUCCUCAAGAGCUUUGCACUCACAGAGGAGGAGGCCAACAACACCUGGAGCUACUCCGCACCCAUCCAGAGGGACGACGGAGCAGUGUUGCUGAUGAACGGGGCCGAGUUCUUCCGCUCCAACAUGCCUGCUGGCCCUAUCACCUCUGCAUCAUUCGCUGCCACCGGCACGUGGGGCGCCGAUAAGACCACCUUCUUCAACAGCACGCCCUUCCGCUCUGUUGCACAGUUCCUGCAGCCCGGAACCAACUGGGUGGGAGUGCAGCUGCACCAGUCGCGCUGGUCCAGCGACGCCCUCUUCGAUAUCGAGAUCACCCGCCAUGCCAUGCGCCCCUGCUCCGCCCUCGAAGGCUCGCCCUCUGCCUGCGUGCGCACGCCCCCGGCUGACACUCUGCUGCUCGCGCAAGGGUCAACAUGGGCCUACAACGACGCCUCCCUGCCACCGCCCAACCCUGACACCUGGUUCCUGCCCUCAUUUGAUGACUCUGCAUGGCUCAAAGGCCCCGCGCCCCUAGCAGCGGGCAACAACAGGGCGGGCACCAACCUCACCCUCAACAGCACCACCAGUGGCUCACGGGUGGCACACUACUUCCGCCGCGCCUUCACUGUCACCGACGCUGCCUGCCACGUGGCCCUCACCGUCUCCUUCAACAUCGCUGAUGGCGCUGUGAGUGCUGCUCGCAUCAGUGCUCGCAUCAGUGCUCGCAUCAGUGCUCGCAUCAGUGCUCGCAUCAGUGCUCGCAUCAGCACUCGCAUCAGUGCUCGCAUCAGUGCUCGCAUCAGUUCUCGCAUCAGUGCUUGCAUCAGUGCUCGCAUCAGUGCUUGCAUCAGUGCUCGCAUCAGUGCUUGCAUCAGUGCUCGCAUCAGUGCUUGCAUCAGUGCUCGCAUCAGUGCUUGCAUCAGUGCUCGCAUCAGUGCUUGCAUCAGUGCUCGCAUCAGUGCUCGCAUCAGUGCUCGCAUCAGGGUGCAGGGGUGUACUUUCAGCUGUGCUAGGGUUUCAGGUUUAGUAUACGUUUUAGUGCCGCCUGCCACUGCCACUGCAACUGCCACUGUGCCUCGUGUGUGGGUCCCUGUCACCAGUGCCGCACUGUUGCCCAACAUUCUUCGUCUCUCCAUCCCUCCUCACCAGGUACCUGAACGGCGUCGCGGCAUAUCGCUUCCUUCCAGACGCCGCCCACCGCUGCCACUGUGCCUCGUGUGUGGGUCCCUGUCACCAGUGCCGCACUGUUGCCCAACAUUCUUCGUCUCUCCAUCCCUCCUCACCAGUGCCUCACUCUUUCCCACUGCUCUCCUUCUCUCACCCCCCUCAAGAGGUGGUGUAUCUGAAUGGCGUCGAGCCAUACCGCUUCCAGAUGCUCCCCCCCUGAUGGGGCCCAGUCACCCCCACCACCACCACUGGGACUUCAACAUCAGUGCCUCACUCUUUCCCACUGCUCUCCUUCUCUCACCCCCCCCCUCUUACCAGGGCCCGGUCACGCCGGCCACCAACGCCACGGGCGGCUAUGUGUGGCGGUGGGUUCCGUCUGUUCUGUCGGGCGGGUGGCUGCAGCAGGGGGCGAAUGUGAUAGCCGUGGAGGUGCAUCAGCAGAGGAGCACCAACACUCUGCUCACGUUCGACGUGCAGAAAUGGAUGCAGCAGGGGGGGAAUGUGCUGGCAGUGGAGGUGCAUCAGCAGAAGACCUCCACCACUCUGGUCAUGUUUGAGGUGCUGGUUACCAGCAAGAGGGAGGCCAUUGCCUGCACUCCUGCCCCGCUGUAG